CCGAAGCGAAGGGAGCGUUCGCGUAGAUUCAGAGUCGUGCGCGCAUGCACAAAAGUUUUUUUCCUUCUCAAUAAACAUAUUUUAUAUGUUAUUUUUUUCCUCCCUCGCCAUCGACCGCCUGUUCCGCGUUUGUUCCGUCUCAGUGAUCGUGUAUGUGUACCGUGUAGUCGCCCUUCCUUUUCUAGCCCAGAGAGGAAGCACAGUUCUUUGGUCUCGUUUUCUCUGGAUCACUUCUGUACACACCACAUACUGCUGCUGGUAUGAAAACGAUUUCGUCAUUUUCUAUGUGUUACUACACAUUGUUGAUGUCGAAUUUCGAGGCUUAAUUGGGCUCAUUUUGGGGCUAGUGAGAUUUUUUUUUGUUCGUAAUAUUGGCGUUAGUAUAUUUGCCUGGAACCGUUUUUGUCGGGGUCUCUCGUCGGUGCGGUGGUGCUGGCCUUCCCACUGUUGAAAGCAAGCAAGUUCAGUCGUGUCUUCUCGACACUGAAGGGAGGGGAUUGUGCUAUUGAAAAUUAUACUACUGAUAGCAGCAUCGCAAUCUGUGCUUUUGGGCGUGAUAAUCGUUGAGUCGAUGUCGCAGUUUCUAGUGUACUUGAUGCAUAUGUUGGAUGUGGCCCGAUGACAGCACCGUGCGUAGAAAGUGGUUGAAGAUAUUAUCUGUUCUGCGAAGCAUAGAACCCUACGAUCGCCUAGCACUCGAAAACGCUGUACUGGGAAGACAACUGCAACAAACAUUCAGGGUGUGCGUGCGUGCGUUUAGUGUACCAUAGAACAUAGAUCAUAAAGUGAGUGUGUAACGGUCGAAAGAAAGAGAUGCUCUAAUAAAGCAUAAAGCAUAAAACAGAAGACGAAGCAAGAAAGAGUGCUGCUGCAUAGAUCAACGUUAUAGAAUGUGACCCUAGCAAUCAACUCGACAGUUGUAAUAGAGACAAUACGGGACUCGACGGGUGGGCCUUUUUCAAUUCCUGGCAAAGACUUCGAAACAAAAAAAAAUGUAGUAGGGUUAAUUCGUGAAAACUCAAGUCGAUUACGUUGCGUAAAUUAGCUAAUUCAUACGGAUAAGUGAGAACGAACAGAGUCAUCACAUUGCCAUUCCAGCGGAGGGGGGAGGAUUGUUUCGAUGAUCUGAUCGUGAAUAUAUGUCAAUCAGGCGGAGAUAAUUGGUACAGCAAGCAAGCAAUGCAGGUGGUGUCGGUGAUUACUGUAGUAAAGAAUUAUCGUCCAUCGAAUUUCAAACGCAUACUUGAACUUGCCGACAACGACGACGGCGAUGUCGAUGCUUGUACUUACUUCCAUAAGCUAGCAGCGCCAAACACAACACACAAAUGCGAGACGCGUUCCAAAGAGUAAAUAUUGAAUCUUGAGUGUGUCGAGCUGUCAGGAUUUGAAGAUUGUUGCUGGAUGACGUCACGCUGCAAACCUUCUUGCUUCGGAAACCACUGAAACCAGACAGUCCGUGAUUGUCCAGAUACACAUAUGAAUAAGUACGUGCAUCAAACGUGUAUUCCGAACAGCUCACUCAGAACCGAAAAUUAUGAAGAAAAAUCACAUACCGAUAAGCAACGUAGAUGAAUUCAGAAAAUGUUGCCAAUAUGUUACCGCAGUGUUAUUUGAAUGAAAAUAACAAUGUGAUAGACGCGGAUGUUGCAAAUACUAACACUGCCACUACUACCACCACCAACACCGCAAUCAUCGCUACGGUCACUACUACCGCUGCUAGUGCUAUUAGUACUACAACGACGGCGACCAGUACCAUUACCGAACACGAUCAUACGGCGACGAUGUGCAAAAUACCAUCGCCGACUGCUUCUGGUGGUGGGCUCGAAGAGAUGAUGAUGAUGGCAUCUGCUGGCAGUGCCACUAAUGCUAUCAACAAUAACAGUAAAAGCAACGAGUUAGACAUGAUCAAUAGCAAGGACCCGUACGCCGAGUUGGAGAGAUAUCUGGAAAAGGUCAAGGCUGAAAUCUCCGAGGUAUUUGCACAGUUGGAAUCAAGAAGCGAAGCGAGUGGGCCGAAACAUUCCGUACCAGUACCGGCGGUCGUCGGAACCGACAACAAAAGGUCAACGAGUGGCAGCAGCAACAGCAGCAUCCGUGACAACAAUUACAACACCAAAGCCAGCAUUUGCCAAAAUGUGGCCUGCUAUAGCGAUUCGGUGGACAGGGCCAGUCUGGAGGCAACGGAACGUUUGCUCCAGGAGAUUGUCGCCACGCUGCCCAAGCAGCAACAAUCUGUGUCAUCGCAACAACACUCCGGAUCGAGGGAGCGUAACAAUGGUGCUUUUGAAUCGACUCGUUUCUGCGGUGAUCCCACGUUCAUCAUUAGUCCGGGAAAUGAACAUCUACAUCAUCUUCCUCAUCAUCCUCAUCAUCAGCACCAUCAGCAUCAGUUUCAUGAGCAGGAGUUAGUGUUAAAAAUCGAUGAAGAUCGUGAUCAUGAUAAGCCAGAAAAACGUUCUCAGCGAUUCAAUAACUCAAACAGCCGCCCCCUCACUAUUGGUGCUACCGACAAUAGUCAAUCGUCGGAUUAUGACAACAAUACAUGCAGUAGUAGCCGUGAUUUACAGGACAGUUUGUCCGAUGAUAUGAGCUUACUGGAAGAGCUAAGCGUUUACGAUAGUCAUGAAAACGAGGACGACGGCUCGGAUAGUAAGGAAACGUCACCAAGACAAUUCCAGCAGCUAGCAACACCCAUUCCAAGACAGCCUCACCUGUUUCAACAACAGCACGCAGACAAACUUAAAACCAGUACAAAUAGUCUACCUUCAACUAGCCGCAAUUUUAGUCUACAUAAUAAAUUUAGAACUCACCAGAACGUAAUCGAUGCCAAAAGACGGCAAUUUUUCCUGCCCCUGGAGCAGGAGCCGUUCCAGCCAGUAAAAUCCAACAUCACCGAGUUGCCAUCGCCGAGCAGUACCUCCCUGCACAGCGGCUACAGUCACCUGAUUUUGGAAGAUCUGGGAACCAAAUCCAGUUCGGCACCGUUACUGAUGAAGAACGAAGAGGUGGAACUGGGAGAACGGAGGAAUUUGAGGUAUUCCCGAUCGCAGAGUGACCGGCAUCUUGCAGAAAUUGAAGCUAUCGAAGCGUGUCGAUGGCUCAGAGCUGCCGGAUUCCCACAGUACGCCCAGAUGUACGAAGAUCAUCAGUUUCCGAUCGAGAUCAAUGACGUUGCCAAGGAUCACCCGUUUCUGGAAAACGAUCCGUUGCAGUCGUUAUACCGUCGGCUGCACACCUUGAACCGAUGUGCCAAUAUGCACAUCGAUACACACCAGCAUUCGCAUCCACCGAAGCCCAGCGAAGAUUCGGAUGAUGACAGUUGUGCGCUUUCCGAGGCUUGGACAUUUGCUCACAAUAGCCGACGGUGGUCGAGGGUCGAAGAUGCAGCUGGGCUAGUCAGUGUGAUUAAACAGAAACAUGGCAACAAGAGUGAUGUCAGUACCGUUAACGAAACAGAUUCGGCAGAGGAUUCGUCCAAAAGUGGCUCGAAGACGACUACGGAUGACAAGGAAAGCUGGGGCGAUGAUGGUGGACCGCUCAGUAUACUGUCGGACAGUGAUCAACAGGAUGGGCCCGUACGGCUCCGAAGGACUGGGAGCGAAAGACUCAAGGAUGGAGCCAAAGCGUUCCUUCGGAGGGUAGAAUCGAUCAAGUCGCGCAGAAGGAAACGCCAGAAUCGUGACGGGCUGGUGAUCUGUGGACCUCAUUCGUCCCAUUUAUCUCCGGUUCAUCAUACGUUUGAUGAUUUGAAACAUAUCGAUAUGAUUUCAUUUUCGAAUCCUUCUUCUCCGCGUUCCUCGUCGGCACAUUCUGAACACCGAAAAGGGAAUACCCUUGGAACCAACGAGAUCGUAUCCAACUUACUGUCCCCGUACACUCUUAGUCCGUUCGGUCACAUGGUAGAUGAUAAGAAAGAUCCCAAACGUAGCCCCAACAGAUCUAGUCCGUUACAUUUUUUCAUUCAACUACAAGAGGCAAAGUCGGGCGAUGAUUCAUCGUCAAUUUGCAGUGAAGAUAGUCAAGAUUUGAACACCGGCUAUUUCGCCGGGAGAAUCGUUAAGACACCAAGCAAGAAAUAUCCCAAAUCGAAAAAAAUACUUCGUAAUAAGAUGGCCGCCGAAGACCCGGGUGCUUUGUCGGACUCGGAGUAUCAGUCAAAGUUGAGAAGAGAUAAAGUGUCCAGCGAUUUGAAGCAAACGACUAACAAUAACACCGUUCCGGUGUCGAAACUGAAUCGGGGAGGUUCACUAAAUCUGGGCAAAAAUUCAAAACGGUACCGAGAUGCAUUUAACAAUCGCUCAAUGAGACUUGCGAAAACUAGCGAUGAGAAAAGUGGUGACGAUCGGAAACGCACUACCGUGGCCAGGUGGCACAGUUUCCAGCAACCCAAGAACUCAGACGGCCGCCGGAUGAGCGUUAUCGAGUCCAAGGACGAAAAUGCUAAAGACAAAGGAAAACAUUCGGAAGGUACUAGCAUAUACGAAAUGUCUUGUGGGCAGUUGUUGGUAGUACGGAAACUUGCUCUAGUCACACUAACGGGUUACAUGGAACGUUACUGCCCAACACAUCGCUCUGGCUGGAAUUGGGAUCUACCAAAGUUCAUCAAACGAAUAAAAACACCGGAUUACAAAGACAGGCGAGUCUUCGGGAUACCUCUGGUACUCAAUUUGCAACGGUAUGGAAAUACUUUACCGGAGAUAAUCCAGAUGGCGUUUAAUUGGUUGGAGGUGAAUGCGAUGGAUCAGGUUGGAUUAUUCCGGAAACCGGGUGUAAAAUCUCGGAUCGCAAAACUGAAGUCAACCAUUGAAUCUAGCAAUAAUAUGAUCAAUCGAAUGGAUGUUUUUGAUGAUUACCAUGCAUACGACGUCGCCGACAUGCUGAAGCAAUAUUUUAGAGAACUACCAGAUCCGCUGCUAACUGCCAAACUAUCGGAAACGUUCGUUGCAAUAUUUCAGUAUCUUCCCAUUGAAGUUCGUAUGGAAGCCGUACAGUCAGCCAUUUUACUGCUUCCCGACGAGCAUCGUGAAGUCAUUUAUGCUUUACUAAAUUUUCUGGCUAAGGUUGUGGCAAGUGCAAGUCAAAAUCAGAUGACGGCCAACAACCUGGCGGUCUGUUUGGCACCGUCUCUGUUCUAUUCCAUAACGGGCAACAGGUCCUCGACGGCUUCACCGCGUAGAAAAAAGGGAGCCAUUGGACAACCGGACGAGAAGGAACUUUCCGAAACACGGGCAUCCCAUGACUGUCUAAGCUUUCUCAUUCAACACUACCGCACCUUAUGGACCAUAUCUAGCGAUCGGAUGCGAAAAUGCAGCUUUAAUUACAUGGAGGAAUCAAAACCGGUUCCACUUGAAUCACUGGGAGCGGAAUUGCAUGUGCAAAAUUGGCGGGGUUAUCUAACCGAGUGCAUCAAGGAGUGCGUACGCGAGGGGAAAGAAAGACCACGAGGUUGGGUUUCACUGAAUUCAGCUGAUCCCAGUGUAACCAUAUAUUUCAAAAAGGUCGGCGAUGGACAUCCAUUACGGUUGUGGAAGGCUGUGACUGAGGUUGAAGCCCCUCCUACUGAAGUGAUCAAUCACAUUCUAAAUGAGCGACAUUUGUGGGACGAUUAUUUGUUGAAAUCGAAAAUUGUUGAACGACUGGAUAAUGACACAGAUGUGUUUCAAUAUGUAUGUGGACAACCAGUUACCGAUUACUGUGUUCUCCGGCAGUGGAAUAAGCAACAAUCACGUGGCGCCUGCGUCAUAGUCGAGGUUUCUAUUAGUCAUAAUGGUGCUCAGCCAUUGCUGGAUGGAGUGCGCGGAGUUGUGCUGGCCUCUCGGUAUUUAAUCGAACCGUGCGGCAGUGGAAAAUGUAAACUUAUGCAUCUGUCCCGUGUUGACAUGAAGGGUCGAACACCGGAUUGGUAUAACAAAAACUACGGUCACAUUUGUCAGCAAUAUCUUACUAGAAUCAAAAAGUUUUUCGAACAUUACACCGAGGGACCUGAGAGUAAAGUAUAGAAGCAAACAUUUAACACAGUGUGACAACUGAGUGGGGCAAAACUAGUAGUAGAAUAAAAAUAAACACACCACAUCAUAUAUAUUGUAGUUAAGAUGAGAAUGUAUCAAACACAGUUUCCAAACAUUCCAAAUUCUUUAUUACCAAGUGCCUAAACCAUGAUAUUUUCUUAGUUUUUUUUUCUCACACACGAGGAAAUCGGCAUCAUGUAAGGAAAUUUAUGAAACAAAACUAAAACUAGUCCAAGCAAAUGAACUUAACCAAUUUCACAAAAAAAAACAUAUAACUUGAAUCACGUUUUUAAUUAUUUUAUAGAUAUAAUUGUUAAAGUUUAUACCGCAGGAAGAAUCAAAUUAAAUAUUGAAAUAACAUACAAACAGACGAAAGAAGCCAAUAAUCUCAGAAUCGUUAUUCUUAUGGGACCAAUGUCAAUGAAUAAUCUCCAGAGGUCUUUAUAUAUGGUCGGUCAGUGCCAAAUAUAUGUUCAUUUUCACCUCCAAAAAUUGUUGUACUGAAGCAAGUGAAUACGGUUAAAACUAAUAAAUGGAAUUGCGAGUAAAUAAAAUCCAACACAAUUGUAAGAUUUCCAGAAA